CGCCAAAGUUCCGGGUUCGAAAUUGCGCUGGUGGUGGGGAGGGUGUAUUUUUUAUAAUCGCUGAUACACUUACAACUGGCUUUUUCCUGUUAGAAUAGGCGGCUGCAUAAGGAACGUCAGUAGAUAUCUUUUUUUUUCUUCCUGGCAUGCAAAGUGAUGGGGGAAGGCUUUCCCUGUUGGAUAUCUGCCUGAUCUGCAGAGGUUUAAAAAGCCCCCGUUCUUUUUAACAGCUGCUGCAUGACUAGCUCGCUCUUUCCGUUAUCUCCUUGCAUAAUGUAUUGUUCCGUAAUCAGUAACAAAGCAGAUGCAGUCUCAAGAUUUCCCCCUUUUAGGGUGGACAAGAAACAGAGAUUCCAAUCAGUGAUUUUCCCACACCCUCCUCCUCCUCCUCAUUAUUAGUAUUAGUAUUUUCAUGGCAUGCAGAAUGAUGGGGAAAGCGUUCCCUGUUGGAUUGCCAGCUGAGCUCCAGUGGUUUAAAAAACCUGUGUUCCUUUCCAUUCAUAUUUUCAUAUGGGUAGCAAACAAUAACAGAUGCUGUUUGGCCAGCUCUGGGGGUUCUGCCUCUCUCUCCUCCUGACUGCAAUUCAACAGAUGCAUCUCCGCAGUUACCAUAUACUGAGUCAGACCAUUUGGUCCAUCUAGCUCAGAAUUGUCUACCCAGACUGAAAGCGGCUUCUCCAAGGUGGCAGGUAGGGGUCUCUCUCAGUCUCAGCCUUUGCUUGGAGAUGCCAGGGAGGGAACUUCGGACAUGCUCUUCUCAGAGUGGCCCCAUCCCCUACGGGGAAUUUCUUACAGUGCUCACACCUCUAGUCUCCCAUUCAUAUGCAACCAGGGUGGACCCUGCUUAGCAAAGGGGACAAAUCAUGGUUGCGACCACAAGUCCAGCUCUCCUGGCCCUCAUCUCCAACUGACAGACUUGUUCAACUAAUGUGCAUUUCUCAGCAGGGAGCUGUAAUCGUGGGGGAACCUUUUGAAAACUUGUAAUUUUAAAAUGUGGUUUUCGCUUGGCAAAGUGGAUGCUUUCCUCCAAACCCCAUUCCCAAAAAAGAGUAAAGGGGAUAGCUGCCUUUCUGCUCACUUCCUCCUGUCCCCUCUGCUCCUAAAUAAACAAAUAAAUAAAAUCAGGGGAAAUGUAUAUCCCAGAGAGUGGCAUUGAUUGAUGAAGUGCCGGCAUAGAUAGAGCCUCUCCAGGCUGAUCUGUCUUCCACUUGGCCUUGAAGGUCUCUCCGUGGUGCCUUCAUGGCUGUCGUCAUUGAGUCCAUCCACCUUGCUGCUGGUCAUCCUCUUCUCUUGCCUUCCACUUUUCCCAGCAUUAUGGACUUUUUGAGGGAGCUGGGUCUUUGCAGAAUGUGUCCAUACCGCUUUUCAAACGACGAAGAAAAAAACCAUCUACCCCGAGACAAACUCUCUUGCCCUAAAGUUUUCCUGACCCUUCCACAUUGAUUUCUUGUACAUGGGUGGGCCAUCUGUGGAACCCCUCUCUGUGUCACAAAUGAUUCUGCGGCAUCUUUGAGGUUGUGCAUUCCCUGUUUACGUGGCCUGUCAAGGCCUUGAACUGAGAGCAUGACCGGAUUUGGGACACACCCAACAUUCCCCUGUAGUUCCCCCUGGCAAGGAAAGUUUGGGAAUGCAUACCUUUCAGAUAAGGCUGUUCUCACUGAGAAAGGAGACCUGAACAGUACAACAAAGCAUCUGUACACACUCCUAUAUCCUUGUUACUCAAGGAUUUUGGGGCUCUUGGUGGACAGCUCACUGAAAAUGUCGACUCCGUAUACGGCAGUUGUGAAAAAGGCAAAUCCCCAUCUUGGGAUCAUUAGGAAAGGGGUUAAUAAGGAAACUUCUACUAUUAUAAUGGCUUUAUACAAAGCGAGAGUGUGGUCACAUUUGGAGUACACCAUAAAUAGUGAUCCAUUUUGGAAGGGCGGUAUACAAAAAAAAAAAAAGUAAAUAAAUAAAUAAUAUAUAUAUAUUAAAGGUAGAAGUGUGCCGUCAAGUUGAUUUCGACUCCUGGCGCCCACAGAGCCCUGUGGUUUUCUUUUGGUAGAAUACAGGAGGGGUUUCCCAUGGCCUCCUCCCAUGCAGCAUGAGAUGAUGCCUUUCAGCACCUUCCUGUAUCGCUGCUGCCCAAUAUAGUACUAGCGGGGAUUUGAACUGGCAACCUUCUGCUUGUUAGUCAAGCAUUUCACUGCUGCACUACUUAAGAUCAGGGCAGGGCCAAUUAUUCCCUGCCUGCCUUUUCCAGCACAACAACCCUGCGGGGCGGCAGAAGCAAUGGAGAAUCUUGUGGCACCACAAUGCCUAACCAUUUUGGCAUGAGCUUCGUUGAGAUGCCGGGGAUUAAACCUGGGAUCUUCUACAACUACAAGCAAGUACGCAGAUGCUCUGGCACUGGAAUAUCUUUACAGUGCUCACAUAGAGUCAACCGUCUAAAUGCAAACCAGGGCAGAGCUUGCUUGGCAAAGGGGACCAGCCAUGCUUACUCCCAGAAGCCCAGCCUCUCCUCCUGACAGAUAUGCUUAAAAAUUCAUAACCGGCGCAGGUGAGAGAGUUCUGCUUGAGUUUCACUCAGAUUUCAUCCUCACAUGGGUUGAAAAGGUCUGGAAAUAUAUUUAUUUCCUCUGAUGUUUAGAAAUCCACUGGGAUGACACUCUGUAGGGAGGAGUCUCUGUAGAAACCCCAGGCAGGAAAUAGUUACUCGUCCUCCCAUCACCAGGUGAAGUAAAUUAUUUGAUUUCUCAGAGGGCAGCCGGGCUGACACAUGCCGUAGAGGAAACAAAGGAACCAGAAUCACUGCCAGCUUGUGAUUUUUUUUUUCAGCGUGAGGAGGAUGCAGAUGUGGCCAACACAAGGCAAUCUUUAGGAUUAAAUGCUUAAAAAUAAAAAAUAAAAAUUACUUCCUUGUUCCAGAGUUAGUAGGAAUUGAGAGCCCAUUGGAUUUCAGCUCUGUGGCAUUCCAGUGUCCAGGAAAACAAGAGGUAAGAAAAAUUAUUCUUCAUUGAGAUGGCGGCUGUAAUUCAGAUGGGGAGGAUGAAAGGAAUUGGGUGAUCAAGCCAGCUGAGAGCAGGAUAAAGUGGCAUUUAGUCUGCGGUUUCUGCAUUUGUGGGCAUUGGAGUCCGUUUCUGGAUUGAAAUCUCACAUUCUAGGGGUCAGGACAAGCAAGGAAGGCAGAGCCAGGAAAAAGCAGAUUUACUGUAUAUUUUCCAUUUGUGCAAAAGCUUCAGACGAGAUUGCACAUUUCCACUUUCUCUUUAAUGAGCUUCGGUCUAUUCCUGGCAUGGGGCGUGUUCACACUGGCAGUUUGCCGCUGAUAUAAGGCUACUGCUGUGGUGUUCAGACAUGCCCAGGAGUAGUUUGGGGAUUAAAUUAUCCCUGCAAAUUUCAUCCUUCUGUGCUUGCCGUUCCUCCCCUGUGAGGUGCUUGAAGGAGGUUAUUAUGAAGACAAUGUGUUAUUACUUCUGACCUCCUGAGCAGCGAUAUUUGGCUAGAGUGUAUAUGCCUAGAAGCUGACACCCUCCUUCGCUUAGUGCAGGGGAAUACGGGAUAACCACUACUUUUAGGAACAUGACAGAAGGACAUCUAACCCUGCUAAAGCAAGAGAUCCAUUUAAUCUAACAUUCUCCCACAGUGACCAACCAGAUCUCCCCAGGAAGCCCACAAGGAGGGGAUGGAUACAACAGCCCCACCCCUGCUCUUUGGCCCCAGCAGUUGGCAUUUGGAGAUAGACUGCUUCUAAGUAUGGAGGUUCCAUUCAGCCAUUGGGACAUCUAGGCUUGCCAUGAAUAGAGCUCUCUCCUCCGCUCCCCUAUUAAAUUGCUGAAUUCUUUUUUCGAAGCCUUCUGUCCCCUGGUCAAUACCACACCUUGUGGCCUCGAAUUUUGAUGCUUCUGGAUACCAGAUGCUACAGGCAGAGAGAGAGAGUUUGUGUGUGUGUGUAUGUAUGUAUAUGUUGUGUUCUGCUCCUGGGCUUCCUUCCUUCUGCUGGUCUAGAUGGGCCUUGGGUCUGAUCUAGUAUGUUCUUAUUAGCCAGAAUGGUUGUCAAUGGGGCCAUUGUUCAGUGGUAGAGAAUCUGCCUGUAGGCCAAAGGUCCCAGGUUCAAUCCUAGGCUGGCAGCAUCUCCACAUGGUAUGGGGAAAGACUCCUGCCUGAAACCUUAGAGAGAUGUUGCCGGUUGUAGUAGACAAUAUGACCACCACUACUAAGCAACCUCCAGUGCCCAGCAAAGUCUACCUGCGCUGUCACUAGAGAUUCCUAGGGAGACAAACUCUAGAGCUGGGGCCAUGUGGCUCUUCUGUACAGCCACAGAAACAGAACCUGCUCGCAGAUUAUACACUGAGGCUGGAGUGAGUCCUAAACACUCUCCUCAGGAGUAAGCCCCCCACCCCUGCCCCAAACACAGUGGGACAUGCUCCUGCAUCCACACACAAAGGAACACGCUGCUUAUUUCUGUCCUUAGGUGUUCAGGCGAGCGCUUCUCUUGUUUGAUUCUAGGACCUUCUGCCGGAUUCAAAAGAUGCCCAUCACGGGGCUAAAGAGGAAGCAGCCCAAGACGUUCAGAGUGAAAGUUAACACAAUGGAUUCCGAAAUGGAGUUUAGCUGCGAGAUAAAAUGGAAGGGGAAAGAUCUGUUUGACCUGGUGUGCCGUGCAUUGGGUCUACGGGAGACGUGGUUUUUUGGCUUGCAGUAUUCCAACAAGGGGAUGAUCACCUGGCUGAAGAUGGAGAGGAAGGUUCUGGAUCAGGACAUCCCCAAAGAAGUCCCGGCGACUUUUUCCUUCCUGGCGAAAUUUUACCCAGAGAAAGUGGAAGAGGAACUUCUGCAGGAGAUCACCCAACACCUAUUCUUCCUGCAGGUCCAGAAACAAAUAUUAGAUGAAGAAAUCUUCUGUUCCCCCAAGGCAACAAUUUUAUUGGCAUCUUAUGCUGUUCAGGCCAAGUACGGGGACUAUGACCCCAACUUCCACAAGCCAGGCUUUUUAGCUCCCGAGGAGUUGCUGCCCAAGAGAGUCCUCUGGCAAUAUCAGAUGACACCUGACAUGUGGGAAGAACGGAUAACAGGCUGGUACGCAGGGCACCGGGGUAUUGCCAGGUAUGAAGCGGAACUGAACUACCUUAAAAUUGCCCAGGACUUGGAGAUGUAUGGGGUGAAUUAUUUUCCGAUCACUCAAAAGAAGAACCACACAGACUCCUUGCUGGGUGUUGACGCCAAAGGAAUCCAUGUCUACAGCAUCAAUAACCGGUUUUCUUCCAAUAAAUCGUUUGAAUGGAGCAGCAUCCAGAACAUUUCCUAUAGUGAGAAAGAGCUAACCAUUAAACCGAUUGACAAGAAAGCAGAGGUCUUUAAAUUCUUCUCCUCCCAGCCCAAAGUCAAUAAACUGAUCAUGCAGCUGUUCAUUGGAAACCAUGACCUCUUCAUGAGGAGGAGGCGGGUGGAUCCCAUCGAGAUCCAGCAGCUGAAAGCACAAGCCCGGGAGGAGAAAGCGAGGAAGAAGAUGGAGCAUCAGCAGUUGGCCAGGGAGCAGCAGCUACGGGAAGAGGCCGAGAGGGCCAAAGAGGAGCUGGAACGGCGCCUCUUUGAGGUGGAAGACGAAGCCAGACAAACGGGUGAUGCGCUGCGCCGUUCAGAGGUGGCGGCAGAACUGUUGGCCGAGAAAGCCCAGAUUGCGGAAGAGGAGGCCAAGCUUCUGGCCCAGAAUGCUGCUGAAGCUGAGCAGGAGUGCCAUCGGCUGGAACUGGCAGCCUUGAAGACCAAAGAAGAGAAGUGUCUCAUGGAGCACAAGAUGCGUGAAGCAGAGAUCAUUGCCAUGAAGCUGGCGAAAGAAUCGGACCGGAGGGCGAAGGAAGCCGAACACUUGAAGCAGGACCUGGAGGAGGCCCAAAAGGCCGAAGAGAAAGCCAAGCGGAAACUCCAGGACAUCAACAAGGUUCACCUGCAUCCCCCUGCCGCCAAGGGCACCCCGUACUUUUCGGCUGAAGCCAGAGAUGCCAGUGCAGAGAGAGGAUCCAGCAAGAUGCAUUUGAGGGACAUCGACUUGAAGAGACUGUCCUUGGAGAUCGAAAGGGAGAGACUGGAUUAUCUGGAUAAGAGCCGGAAGUUUGAAGAUCGUCUGAAAGAACUCAAGUCCGAAAUCCACGAUUUGAAACUCGAAGAGAAACAGGCCGGGUUCCUCUCGCACUGGAGUAAAGUUCUCGGGUCCCUGAACCGUUCUUCGGGACGUUCCUGCAAGGCUCCUUUGUGGAUGAAGGCCUUUGAGGCGGACCUGUUGGACAGCAGACCGUGGGCUGGGCUGGCGCAUCCAUUCAAUGUGACAGGUGGCACCUUGCCCCAAACGCCACAAGAAAAACCACCUCUCCAGUCUGACCCUGGAAAUGUGGGGACCGGAACUAGAAAGCACAUUAAGGUUCAGCAGCACAAAACAGACGUGAUCUACAUCUGAAGCAACACACAACUCCGGGAGCCUAUCACUGGACACACAUCGGCGGCUGCUUUCUGAUUCGGGAGAACUGGCUAUAAAGCUUGUCAGACUUGAUAGGCUCC